AGUACUGUACUGAACGACCAGUGAAGAAUGGUGUGAUCAUGGUGGCCCAGAGGGAGAUUGUAUGGUGUGUGCUGCAUGAGUUUUGUGAUUUCAAAUGGUCACAGUUAUCGAUCAGGGCACACAGACAAAACGAUAGCAAAUGUACCUCAAAAGUUGCUGAAGAGUGGUGCGGAAAACGUGUCAUUAGGUACAAACCGUCACACAACGUAGUAACAAUUGAAUUGAACUGAAUGCACCCCAGAGGUAUAUAACAAAUGGAACCGAACAGAAUAAAACUGAACAAAAUGGGGUGGGACCUACCUGAAUUUAUUCAAUAGGAACUUUAGUUGUUGUUGCAAAACGUUUCCUCUACGAAACGAAACGUUUUGCUCCGGUGUGCACUAAUGAAUACAUGACACCAGCACUCACCCAGUUAAGGCAGAAAGGCUCUCACAGGGAAGUUCUACUGGGCUGGUAUCUCACUCCAUAGCUGCUGGGGGUUUCUAGUGUGGUGGCGUAUCAAAAGACUGCUAUGGCUUCUGGGCUCACUUUCAGGGCCUUCUGGAUUUGUUUUCUAUUGUUUGACGGUGCUAACUGUUUACCUGCCCAAAAAGGAAACCCUGUUCUGCGUGAAUAUCCUUUCAGUAACAUUGAGUCCAACAGUUAUGGAGGUGUGCCUGUCCCGUAUGGAGAUGACUCAGGCCUCCUGAACUCUGGAGGCUUCCCAAGGUCUGGUUCGGACUCUGGCUCUGCUGGCAUAAGCUACCAGUUUAGUGGAGGGAAACCAGUCCCCAGCUUUGUCUCUGUGCAGAGAGAACCAGUCCCCCAAUCCCAGGAGCCUGGGCAAUACACACAACUUGUCUCCACUCCAACUAAACCAAAGCCUACGCCAAGCAGAUUAAGCCUCGCCAAGGGUGGAACUGUCCCAAACGAAUAUGUGCCAAGAGAAACCGUGGAGCAGGCAAACUACCCCAGUCACUCCAGCGUUUAUCACAAUCAUGUUUCUAGCCAUUCUGGAUCUGCCCAGACCGGAACCUCCACAGUGCAUGAGCCCAAUGAGUUUCUCAGCUCCGUCCGACACCUUUGUUCAAGGGCCUGAAUAUGCUAGCACUGGUAAGGAUGUCCAAACUCCCUACAACCCUUUGCAUGAGAGGCCAGCACUGAGCAGCAUUGUCAAGGAUGUCAGUUUUGCAACCAUUCAUGAUUUAAAACAAUUUGUGAAGUCUAUGAGGAACAGCUUCCUUAAGCCAGAUCGACCUUUCCAAACAAUCUUUGACAACAAUGAACAAGUCCCCAGCAUUCAGCUGCCAAGCCAAAUAUCCAAAACCAGCUAUGUCCCUAUUGAUCAAAGGCUUGCCCAAAAUGGCUACAGUUCAACCUGGGGUUUGAGAGAGCCAGUCCGUACUGGAUCCAACCAGAAUGAAUGGGUCACAACCAUCAUCCUACAGCCCAAUGAGCCUCUCCAAAGCCCCAGUGCAAGGACAUCUGUCCCUGAUCCUCUCAUCUAUACCCAAGAUCCAGAUUCUCACAGUGGUUAUUAUGGCUGUAAAUGCCCUGAUCCUGUACCCUUGUAUCAUUCUAACAAAGUCCCCGUAGGGGAAUCUGUUUCAAAUACUUAUGGAAGCCUUGCUAAUGCUGGCUCAACCUUUGGAAACGAUAGUGGUGCUAAUAACAGUUUUGCGGCCCAGACUGAACAAGUCCCUAAUGUCAAGAAGCCGUUCAAAGUGUCAAAAACUGGCUAUGCCCCUACUAUACAAAGGCCUUCCCCUUCCAGUUCUUCCUCUGGCCAGGAUGGACAAGUGUUGUCUUCCAAGAGUGGUGGCUACCUGAGUGCCCCAAGACUCAGCCCCCCUCUCCCAUUCAUCCCAUUCCCUUAUACCCUGGGUCAUGGGAAGACUUCUCCAUCUGAAUUCUACAAAUCUGCACAAACUGGUCAUGUCCCUAUUGUGCAGAAACCUUCCCUGUCUAGACCUUUCUCUGUUCAAGGCUCUCCUAGCAGUAGUGACUAUGUGAUUACCUCAAAAGUUAAUCCAGCUAUCCAAUUUCCCAAGCCCACAAGCUACCAGCCAGGUCCCAGGAAGAUGUCUCCUUCCGUCUCUGAGCAGCGCCAGCAAAUCCCCAUUGAACAAGGAACCAAAAAUGUAGCCUACAAACCAAGUAACUUUCAUAAUGCCGACUCUAGGUUUGGAAGCUAUGCAGCUGUCUCUAUCAGUUAUAAUGCUCAGGGUGAACAAGUUCCCAAUGUCCAGUCGUCAAGCAAAGCAUCCCAUACUGGCUAUGCCCCUAAUGUACAAAAACAUUCCCACUCUUCCACUGGACAAGGUGGUCCUUACAAAACUGGUAGCUAUGUGAGCGACCCAAAGAUCAGUCCCCCUAGCCAAUCAAUAUUAUUUCCCAAGGCAACAAACUACCAGUCCUCUGGUCAUUCAGUUUCUGAGCAGCAGAACAAAGUCCCAAUUAAUCGGACUCAGAAGCCCAAAGACAUGACCUCCAGACCCGGGGUCCAGCUUCCAGCAUCCAGUGGCUUUGGAAACUAUGUAGGUGACUCUAGCAGUUUGGAUGCCCCUAAUGACAUAGUUCCCAAUGCCCAGCAGCCAAACAAAGUGUCACAAACUAGCUAUGUCUCCAGUGUACCAAGACCUGCCCCCUCCAGCUUUUCUGGCCUAGAUAGACAAGGCUUCUCUAGUCAAUCCAUCUUAUUUCCCAAGCCCACAAGCAACCAGCCCUUGGGUCAAGGGAAGACAUUUCCUGUCUCUGAGCAACAGGUGAAAAUCCCCAUCAGCAAGAAGCCCAAAUAUGUGACUUCCAGACCCGGGGUCCAGCUUCCUGCAUCCAGUGGCUUUGGAAACUAUGUAGGUGACUCUAGCAGUUUGGAUCCCCCUAAUGACAUAGUCCUCAAUGCCCAGCAGCCAAACAAAGUGUCACAAACUAGCUAUGUCUCCAGUGUACCAAGACCUGCCCCCUCCAGCUCUUCUGGCCUAGAUAGACAAGGCUUCUCUAGUCAAUCCAUCUUAUUUCCCAAGCCCACUAGCAACCAGCCCUUGGGUCAAGGGAAGACAUUUCUUGUCUCUGAGCAACAGGUGCACAUCCCCAUCAGCAAGAAGUCCAAACAUGUGACCUGCGGAACCAGUGUCCAGCACCCUGUAUCCAGUGGCUAUGACUCUACCCAGACUGGAGGUUUUCCUCAGAGCAGUGGAAGCUAUGUGAGCACUCAGGGAGUCAGCCCACCCACCAUCCCAUCUAAAAGGGAAACAGUCCCUAACAUUGUCUCAGAGCAAAAUGUCAAAGUCCCUGUUAAACAAGGGGCAAAAGAAGUGCCUUACAAACCCUGUGGCUUUGGAAAUUACAUGAAUUAUGUUGACUCCUCUUUUGGAGCUAAUAAAGUUGACUCCAGCAGUUUUGAUUUACAUGAAGAACAAGCUGCCCAAAUCCAUCAGCCCAGCAAAGUAUCACAAGCUGGCCAUAUCCCUCUUCGUCCUUAUAUUGGUAAAGGCCAUAUGAGUGCCUCAGGAGUUGGCCCCACUCAACCAGCCAUCCCAUUACCCAAGUGUUCUGGUCAAGGGAAGAUAUCCCUUUCUGGUUCUGAGCUGCAGCCUGUAUCCAGUGGCUCUGAUUCCAGACAGUGGUGGUUCUCCUGAGAGCAGUUGUUGCUAUGCGAGUACACAGAGAAUCGGCCCAUCUACAGACUUCUAUAUGCCCCCUUCUCCUCAGCCCGCUAUGUCUGUCAGUCCCACAACAGCUAUGAGAGGCAAGGUGGUCUUCUCCAAAACCCGCUACACUGGAUACAUUUAUUUUGCUAAACCCUCCACUAGCAGUGUUGGCUCAAAGAGUGGCAGUAGAUCCAGUAGACCUGUCUCUAAACAACCUCGCUACUGCCAAAGAAUCAAAUCCCAUGGUGUGAAGAUUCAUCAGAGGAAUACAUUGUGAUUUGACAACCAGUUCUCCUUCGAAGGUUCCAUGUGUCAUGGCCUGAAUCCCUGCU